GCAUUUUACUGUGAUUGUGUAACAGAGCAGAGCGAUGCAGACGUGGAAGACAAUGUGGAACAAGAUAUGGGAUCCAAGGUGCUUGGUGUCGAUAUGGGGGAAUCAGGAUACAGCUCUGAGAAAGCUGGCAAUGAGGACUCUGCAGUUGAAAGUCCAGUGCCUCAUCUUUCCAAUGGAGACUCUGCCCUGGCCAGUCCUACUUCCUCAGCAGACGUGGGUGGGUCCAUGUCACCACUGCGUAACAGAGCAGUGACGGAGAUGAACAAAGAGCUGGUGGUCGCAAUCCCUGUCUCUACUUUAGAAUCUGUGGGCAGCCCACUGUCUCCCAGUUCAGUCUCUUCUGAAGUGAACUUAGAUUGCUCCAGCUCGAUUUCAACACGUGCUCACACGGAUUGUAUGUCUCCUGACUUGAACAGGCCAGUUUCUCGCUUUGAAUUUCAUAAUGAUGAUUAUGCGGAUAGUGGGGAGGGAGUGGCAAGGCUGAGUCCUGUCGAGGAUGACUCUGGUUGUGUGAAGAAUCUUUUAGUUUCAGACUUGUGUGAUGAUAUUUCUCGUUUGUGCACCAAUUUUGUUCAGACAACUGAGCCAAACAUGAAUGGCCAUGAGGAGAAGCAACUUGUUUAUGGAGGAGAUGCUGAAGAAGUUGAGUUAAAGUUGGAUAACACUGGUAAAGGAGACAUGACUAGCAAGGUACUAUCAUCGGGUAGUACUGAGACUAGUGUGGUGCAGUUAAAUGAGAAGAUGACCAGUGAAGUGCUGUCAACUGCACAGGCACCCUGCGAGACGCAGUCAAAUAGGGAAGUAGCUGAUGAGGUGUGCUCAAGUGGGGUGACGGCCAGUGAAGUGCGGUCAACUGGCGGGGUAGCUAGCUGGAGUGCAACAUUGUUACCAAGGUACCAAUGUGAUGAUGGAGAGUGCUCUAUCCAGUCGUGUCUGAACCAGUUCACUGCGCUUGAGCUUAUGACUGGAAACAACAAGGUUGGCUGUGAGAAGUGCACCCAGUGCCAUAAUCAGGGUAAGGAAGGCAAGAUGGUGUGCACAAACUCCACAAAGCAGCUUUUGGUUAAAAGCCCCCCUGCAGUGCUGAUCCUGCACCUCAAGAGGUUCCAAGUGCAUCGCACCAUGUUUCGCAAGAUGUCACGCCAUGUCAGCUUUCCUCUAGUGCUUGACCUGGCACCUAUCUGUUCUACUAUGUACAAGGUGCGUUUUACGCUGUGCAGUGCAGAACAGAUUUUUGUGGGCUGCUUCAAAGUGAUUGUCAUCUUGUGACACCAAACAUCAUGGCUGAAUGUUCAGCACUCCUAUAUAUGUGGGAGAUCUUGGGUUCAAAUAUCAGCGUGGUGACCAAAUAUCCUGACACGGUUCUUGUGGUUUUCCCUAUUCUCUUGAGGCAGAUGCUGGGAUACCUUAUAUUAAGUAAUGACAGCUUCCUCCCACAUCCUUUUCAGUUCAUUGUCAUCAAAUCAUUUAACACUAUUUAAAAGAGUUAUUGGUAUUGGUUGUCAUUAAAUAAGCCAUAAAUAAAUUACAAAUAAUCUUGCAAACUGUUCAGCCCUCAUGGCACUUCCUGUAUCUUGAAUUUACUGAUAUCAGUAAACACUUUUGAACAUCUCUUCUUAAGACUUACUGAGAGAUUCUUUAGACACUGACGAUUGAUUUAAUUCUACAUACAUUGUGUUAUCUCCUGCAAUGAUGAUGCCAUAAUCGAUUAUUGUUCUCUCCUGUUAUUUCAUCGUGAAUUACAGAAUGUUCUUGAUACUGUAGCAUGAGUAAAGGACUCU